CGGCGGACGAGUCUCUGGAAGGGAAGAUAACGGUUUCUUUUUUAGCCCCCUCUCCACUCUCCAAAACAAGAACUAAACCAAACCUGCAUAUUUUUUUUUUUUAGGGGGGGGUUUAACAGAGUCUUCUCAUCUCAAGGGAGGAGGGGAAGCGAAGGGAUUUGGAGCCGCAAGUUUUUUUUUUUCUUUUUUUCGUUUUUUUUUUCUUCUUCUCCUUUUUUUUCCCCCUAAAAAAAAAAACACACACACAAAAAAGAGGAUUCUGUGUUUCCGCACGGUGGUUUUUUUUUUUUGUUUCUCCGCUUUCUCGCCGCAAAGAUGAUGGUCGGAGAGGUCGAAGUGAAGGAGCGACCGAGGCCGAGUCCCGACUAUUUGAUGCAAUUAUUAAACGAGAAGAAGCUCAUGACCAGUUUGCCAAAUCUCUGCGGCAUCUUCACACACCUGGAACGGCUUCUCGAUGAAGAGAUCAACAGAGUGCGUAAAGACAUGUACAGCGACACAGUCAAUGGCCUUGUGGAAAGACACCCUCUGGAGCUGCCCGAGCCUAUGGGACCCAUCGUCCACCUGCAGGAAAAACUGUUUGUGCCUGUCAAAGAGUACCCCGACUAUAACUUUGUGGGGAGAAUCCUUGGCCCUCGGGGACUCACAGCCAAACAGUUGGAAGCAGAGACGGGAUGCAAAAUCAUGGUGCGAGGCAAAAGCUCCAUGAGAGACAAGAAGAAGGAGGAGCAGAACAGAGGGAAGCCAAACUGGGAACACCUAAACGAGGACCUUCAUGUCCUGAUCACAGUGGAGGACUCGCAGGCCAGAGCGGAGAUCAAGAUGAGGAGAGCAGUGGAGGAGGUCAAGAAGCUCCUCGUACCCGCUGCGGAGGGAGAAGACAAUUUGAAGAAGAUGCAGCUGAUGGAGCUAGCGAUACUCAACGGGACGUACAGAGACAACAACAUCAAAACACCAGUUCCCUUUCUGGAUGUCAACAGCAGAGGGUGCUAUAUGGAUUACAGCAACCAAUAUCACCCUGCAGACUGUCGAGCGAUGAUGCAAGUACACUCGCAGUUACCAUCCACCACCCUUGCAUUCUCUCUUGCAGCAGCGGCAGCAGCCGCUCAGGGCCCUCGCCUAAUAGCGGCCCCCACGGGUCAGGUGUUGCCUCCCCAAGCACUCCGACCCCAGACACCAGCCGGGACUCCCAUCAUGAACCUCAUCCGGCCCACUCAGAUGGCUGCCAUGCUGCCCAAUGGCACCCCCACCCUGGUGCCUCCCACACCGGAUGGCGGGCUCAUCUACACCUCCCCUUACGAGUACCCUUACGCCCUGGCGCCCACCUCCCUGCUGGAGUACCCCAUCGAGCACAGUGGGGUUCUAGGUAAGAGAGCCUGGGGAAGCAUGGGUGCGGCAGGUACAGCGCCCAACUUUAGCCAGCCUGGACAGGAGGGCAGCUUGUUUUACCCCGGAGUGGGGGUGCUGGACGCGGCUUCCAUGAGCCACAGUCAGGACUUGUUGAAAGGUGCAAUGGCUACUAAAGUGAGACGGCAUGACACGCGGGUCCAUCCUUACCAAAGGAUUGUGACCGCUGACAGAGCCGCCACCGGCAACUAACACAUGACCUUCUGACCUCUGAACUCUUCACCCAAUGACGAGCCGCCCCAAGCCUGCCUGCUGAUCAGUUAACUGGUAAUUGCCUUUUGCUAGCCUCUCGGACGCAAGUGAGAGAGAGAGAGAGAGAGAAAGAGAGAGAGAGAGGCGCCUGCCCGUACAGUUACCCUAACACAUUCUGACAAAAAAACAACAACAACAACAACAACAACAACAACAACAACAAAAUAGACAACAACGCAGCAUCUUCACAGAAACACAACAAAACCCAACUACGUUGUGUAAUAUUCAUUUUUUUCCCUCUGUUCAUUGAGUUAAGUUCCCAUUCUUUCUCUUUCUUUUUCUUCAUGAAUCACACACUGGGUGGAUGUGUUUAUGUUGUACUCAUAAAUCUGCACUGAAUUAUAUAGCAAUAAAGAACCCCACCCAAACCUGCCCACCCACCCUCCUUUAUAAGCUCCAAUUUGGUGACCUCAGCGGUAUGAGUCAAAGUUCAAUAACAUCCAUUUGACGCAAACCUUUAUUGGUUUCAGAGAACAAAGUCCCGUCCCCCCCUCAAAUGCAGGACCCCCUCCCCGCCUCCAACACCCACCACCUUUUUUUUGUUUUUAAAGGAGAGAAAAAGAAACAGAAGGAAAGGGAACAAACGCUCACAUUAACUUGUUUAAUUUCUGUCAUUUUUUUCACAUGUAGUGCAAUUUGUUGAGCUCUGAGAUGUGAUGAUGAGCUGACACAUUCUGGGUGUGCACCUCCAAACAGCUUUCUGUCUGUUUAUAAACAAACAAAACACAAAAAAAAACAAGCAUGGCUGAAAUGAUUGCAAAAGGAGCUUUUUAUGAUUUAUGUGUGUUUUUUUUUUCUUCUGCUGUCUUUUUUUUUUUUGUUUGUUUGCUUUUUACUUUUGAGUCAUUCUCUCCACCUGAUUUUUGGUAUUCUCUGUUUUCCAUGUUUUCCAUGUUUGACUAAUUAGCUUCGCUUCAAUCGACUCGCCCCAAACUAUGGCAGGUGUUUUUUAUCUCUGGAAAACGAAAACAAAGCAAUCUGAUGUUUGAAGCAGGCUUCAGAAAAAAUAAGCAACCAUGAAGGGCAAGAUGGGGAAGGUCAUUAUUAGGGAUGAGGGGUCUUGUGUGUGUGUGUGUGUGUGUGUGUGUGUGUGUGUGUGGCUGGGUGUUUGUGUGUGUGUGUGUGUGUGUGUGUGUGUGUGUGUGUUUUAAUUAAUACUACAUUGAAAGUAGGGUGUGCUGAGGCUACGGGGUUAGUGGUAGUGCUUCUCAGCGACUGACCAUUGCUACGCCCCCAUCCACACUACAUCCAUUAUAACAGUGCCUGAUGUAUUUAGAGAAAAUAUCUCCAUGAGUUAGCCGAGCUGUGAUGGAAAAGACAAAAAACAAGAAAGUAUUACGUGUGCGUAUUUAGCCAAAGGGUUUUCCAAUGAAUUAUAUAUCUGCAAUUAUGCGUCUGUCUCAUAGAGGGCUCCGAGUGUAGAGAGGUGUGAAUGUGUGGGGCCUGCCUUCAGCUCACACGGACAGCAGGGUCACUCCAGGUCAAAUCAGACAGGGACUUUCAUAUAUUCUUCACACACACUCUGAAAUCUGCUCUGUAGGAAAAAUCAAAUAACUCCUGUUUAACGUUUCGCUGAUUACUCUUUACCUCAGGACUUUUCUUAUUUCCACACUGCUUAAAUUAACUUUACAGAAAGACUUUUUUGAAGUUCAACAAGUUCAGACACAGAGCUCCUGAUGCUUUCCCUCUGUAGGAGAGACCCCGAAUAAAAUAUCUAGAUCUGAAUGAUUAACAGACAUGAACAGAUGUCACAUUUAAAGUUUCUGACUCUUUCUGAAAAAUAUUUUUAAAAAGGUGGAAAUAUACACACUAAUGCAUUAAAGCUUCCUGAUAAUGAAGAUCCAGUUCUAAAAGGUAAAUCGUCCACUCUCUCUGAUUUGACCUGGUGUGUGACGCUCGCAGGCGGUCAGAUCGUCUCUGACCCAUUAACGCUCUGCUUUUUGAGGAGGCUUAACGUGGGCUAUUAACACUAAAUCAACAUGCUCCUAGGUUACAUGGCGAGGGGGGGGGGGAGGCAACUUUGAAGUUCUGUACAUAAAUGCUUUUCAUCAACCUGGCUUCUAUUUUUAAGUUGUUUCAUCAGCCUCAUUGCCAAAAGAGUGUUUUUAGUUUUCUUCCAUUUUUUUAAUUUCAGCAUCUCAACUUUUGGUCGACUUUUUUUUACGUUUAGUUUUUUUUUUUUUUUUAACCCCGGUGAAACUUCCUUUGCAAUAUGAGGUUGACAUUCUGUAAGCCUUCGUGAACAUGGACACUUGUGUUCUCUGAUGAUGAAACGUUCAUUUCUCACACAUAAAGCGUCCAGAAGAGAAGCGCAUCCACAAUGUGUCACACCUCCCCGGGAUCUCGGACCCGAUCCGGAGACCAUGAACCUUUUGUUGAACUCUCUCAAGAAAAAAUAGGAUGUGAAAGCCAUGCCUGCCUGUUCAAAUUGCUUUAUACAUACUUAUUAUAUAUAUAUAAAUAUAUAUAUAUAUAUAUAAAUAUAUAAAAAUGUAGAUAUCUGUCAUUGCAUAUACAAAUACAGAAGAGAACAAAAACUAGAUAAUUUUACAGGGUGCUGGAGAAGAGGAAAAAAAUGAGAAAUCUAUUUUUGGCAAUUUUAGCUUUUGAUACCUUACUUGCAGUUACAAAAUCAGAAAAAAAGACAUUAAAAAAAAAUGUUUUAAAGCGUAAAAAGGGGGGGAAAACAGAUAAGCUGAGUGGGUGAGGAAGAAGUGCUGUUACCCUGGAUAUGAUUUGAAACGAGGAAAAAAAAAGACCAAAAGAGUCGUAACCCUGGAAGAGAGCGAGCGAGACAGACGCCUGAAGAGUUUCGAAACAAAACACAGUAUGAUCAAAUCAAAGUGCCUUAUCAACAGUGGUUUCUGUUUCCUGAGUAUUCCAGUUGUGUUCAAUAAUAUCCAGCACCCACCGAGACGGCGCAGAGAGGAAUGGCUAGCGUUACACGCUCUGAAUAGUCAAGCAGGGCGGGGCCGCCACCUCAACGUGGCGUCACCCUCCGAGUUCUUCUAUGCAAAAAGAAUAGCAGUCAUUUUGACCAGCUAAAAUAUGUGCCAUGGUUUUGUCUUCCUGAACUGAUUUUUUGUUUCUCCUUUUUACUAUACGGCCCUUUACUCUGCAGUCAGUGCAGCUUUCUGUUCUCUUGAUUCAGAUUUUAACGAUCAAAUGAAAUAUUGUCUUGAUUUUUUUUUUUUUUGUGAACUGUGACAAACUUCCUCAAACAAAUUGAACUGCCAAUAGCAAUGCAGCAGUCUGCCAGAACAUGUUUGGAUCAUGAGCCGAGCGAAAAAAACAAAAACAAUAACACAACAGGGAACGGAUAUUAUAAAUAAAAAAAAAAAAAGAAGGGGGGGGCGGUCGUCUGCGCUUGUUUCAACUGCUGCAAACUGAAAUCAUCCGCUCCAAGUGGUCUCUGUCAAAUUGACACCAGACGAUCAGUUCAAUCAGGACGGAUGAAAAGUGCUGACUAAUAAAUAAAUAAACAAUAAUCAAAAAAGUUUUCAGUUGUUGAAACAGCAGACGUGCAGCGUGUGACCUGAAGGUGAAAAACAUCAACAAAGCGAUCAUGUCUAAAGUCGUCACCCUCCGACCGGCGUCACAAACUUGGCAGUCUUUUUUUUUUUUUUUUUUUUUUUUUUUUUAACUCAUAGCUCUUUUCAUUGUGCUGUUACACCGAAAGGUCAUAGAAUUUUGUUUUCUUCUUCUCAGUGUUAUUCAAAUUUUUUUAUUUUUUAUUUUUAAAUUGAAAAUGCAAUAUUAAAGCAGAUCAAGAGAUGGCUAUUCAGCAUUCGACAGUAUUAAGAAACGUCUCUGUGCAAUGUUACAACUCGCUGUGUCAUUGUGAAAGGCUGGAUAAGUCCAUCAGGUGAAAGGUGAAUUCUAUACCUACCGUAUUCUCUCUGGCCUGCCUACUACAUGUAUGAUAAUGUAAUUAACAGCCAUUGUUACAGGUUUAUAAUGUAUUUUUCUAUUCUCAUUUUAUAUGUAUAUUAAUCAUGUUUUUCUGAGUGCUUUCUUUUUUUUUUUUUAAGAAAACCCACUGCUCCUUUUUUCUCCCCCCCUCUCUUCCUCCCCCUCUCUCUUUGACAUCUUUAAGACUGUCUCUUGUGGGGAGUGUUGCCUUUUCCCUGUUAUAUAUAUCUUUUUAUUUUUUUGUUUUUUUUGUUCUUUCCUUGCCAAAUCCCAGCUUGUUUAACUCAUUAGCGACUUUAUUAGUUUCCUUGUCAUAAGUAUUUUUACAUGCUUGCAUUUAGUUUUCAUGGUGUAUGCUGUUAUUUUUCUUAUUAACCUCUUGGCAUUUAUUUUAAUAAAACAUUCUUAGUAAGAAUUUUACUAACUUUGCUGAGAUUUUUGUCUUGUGUUUUUAACCAGUUUCAUGAAUGUAUUUACCUUUUGGUCUGGAUCACGGACUAACACGAUUAAAAAAAAAAAAACAACAACAACAACUUCCGUCUGGCCAUCACUCACACUGACUUAUUGACACUACACAAACACACACACUCACACACGGCAACACAAAACCUGCACGAGUUGAAAAGCUCCGCCUCCCCCUUCACUGCCGCUCACGCACUCUCACCUCUGUGCUGAAGAAACCUGCUCACAAUAUUCACACUCGCCCCGCCCCCCUCCUCCUCCCCUUCCUCUUUCCCUUCAGUUCAAACACCGCUGCUGUAUCUCGUCGCCUCUGUCGUUUGAGACGACCCUCUCGUCGUUAGUUGACCCGUCCUUCUCGUGUGAUGGCAGGAAGAGAGGGGGGGGGCGCUCAUAUAAGCUGCAUGUUACUGGAGGUCACUGGUUAUCCUCUGGGUAGGCUGUUCCCUUCACACUCCGGUUAAAAGUCGGGUUUUAUUCACUAUUGUUACUAAAGAAAUAAUCCCUGCAGAUAAAAGUCCUCUUUCUCUUCGCUCCUGCAGGACUUAACGAUAAUCUGUGCAAAGACACUGCUAGUCAUCUCUAAAGGAUUAAUGCUACUGAUCAGGACAUUACACUGAGGGGAGGGGGGGGGCAACACGUACAGAUGACAGUUUCAUGUGAUAGUCUAAAUCUGUCCCCGCUCUUUCAUUGAUGGUUCCAUUGCGUCCUGGUCAUGCCUGGAUAGCAGUGUUACAGUUAUCACCAGCUGUUGUCUGUUUGGUGAACACUUCUCCCCCAUUUGGCUUAUUGAUAGAAGCGCUAAUACCGGGUCAUUGGGGAGCACCCAUAAUGCUUAGACACACACCAGUACACCGUGCCAAUAUGAAGUACUUUGGGAUCAAAACAACCCGUUCUAUUCCUUCCAGUGUCAAAUGCUGAUCUGGCUUUCAGCCUGCAGAACUCUGGUUGUUUUUUUUUUUUGUUGUUUUUUUUCCUGCUGUCGCCCGCUCGUCCCGGGGUUCAUUCAGCUCUCCUCUUUCUCUUUUUAUUCAGCUUUCUUCCUCCUCCACUAAUUCAAGGUAUUGACACUGACACACAAGCAAGCAAAAAGAAAAAGAUUAACUUCAUUAAUCCUGAUUUAUUUUUUACUUUAACCCACCGAGUGAUGUCUCAGGAUUUAAUUUUUUUUCCUGCUCUUUUUCUCCAAAAUCUGCACAACAACAAAAAAAAAACAUCUUGGCCUAACAGUUUUCAAUUCUCCAUCACGCCUCAGCGAGCAGGAUACAAGGAUUAAAAGAGUCUAACAUCAAACUUAACAUUUCUCUUCCUCUCUGGAAUUAACAUCUUGUGUCUUGGAUCUGAAAAUGUGUUUUUUUCCGCCUCCAACACUUUGCUUGUUCACCAGCAAGUCGAGGCAGAGAUUGGACUACAGGCAGCACAAAUAGAUUCUUUAAACUCUGGGAAUACACGCUUUCAUUUAUUAGCUUUUUUCUGAUUGGCUCCUUUUUUGACCUCGUGAGAAACUUGAGCAGAAGUCCGUCCUUUAGCGGCUCAUUUCUUUGUUUUUACCGAGUAGAUAAAAACAUGAUGAUAUUUUUUCCAGAGCACAUGUUACAACAAACACUGCCGACUUUAAAAAAAAAAAAAAAAAGUGCCUUUUUUUCCUAAACAUGAGAAAUGAUAUAUUUUUCUACUUAACCAUUCAAGUGCCAAUUUUCUGCCUCCUUUAAUCUCGCCGUUAAGCUUUUUUGUCGAGCACAAAAAAAAAACUAAAUGCCCACGCUUUUUUUUUUUUUGUACAUACUUUCAAAUGUUAACUGGAAACGUUUGACCAAAACAAACUGGGAAUUUUGGUCACAACAGCUCCCCGCCAUUAAACGCUGCUUUAAUGGCACCUGUUUUGAAUUUGACGAGCUGAGAACGUUCUGAUUGGACCACAGUAUGCAGCCACCGUCUGCGCGCAUACUGCUGCCCAGUUCUCAGCGGCCUUUUUCCAAAACGCCGGGCAUUCAGUGUAUUGAUCUACUAACUACCUUUUUUCACCUGUCAGUCGUUUUUCUUUAUUUUCUUCUUCUGUUCUGUUUAACAAACAUUCCUCCAAUGAGUUAAACGGCAGGUUAACCAAUCAGUAUUGCUCUCAGCGAUGUAGCACUCAGGUGGUUAAAGGGCAAAUGCUACCAAAACAGAACAGGAAACACGAAGCCCCACUGGAAUUUCUUUUUUUUUUGACUGUGAUAAAAGUUUUCCUAAAAUCAUACUAGUAUGAUAUAAACUGUAAGUUUCUCAUCCAUAGAGUGGUGCACUAAAAUCUGUGAGAUUUUCUUUUUUUUUGUGGAGUUGUAAGUUUUUAAUGUGACGUAGCCUUUAUUCUUUUGUUUUGUGUUACCUUUGUUUUUACAGAGGGUAAGACUGAGAGUUUUUGAUUAGGGUUGUAAAACAUGUAAUGCCAGUUUUUGUUGCUCACACCAAAAAAAAAAAGUAAAGAAAAGAAAAAGGAAAAACAAAUGUCAUGUGUGCAAUAAAGAAUCAUAUUUACAAGCUUC